AUGGAUGAGCUUCAGAAGAAACUGAGCCAGAGGCAUGAUGUAAGAUCCCGAAAAGUGAGAUUUAAAAUCUCCUCAGCAUACAGUGGUCGCCUCUUGAAGCAGGUCUAUGAAGAUGGGCAGGAGCUUGAAAUCCCACAGGCAGAAUAUCCUCAUAGUUUUCGGCACUGGAACUUUGAACCUAGAGACGAUUUAUUUGGGAUUGGCGAAACCUCCGAAUCCAAGUUUUGUCCACCAGCUAAACUGAAUGCGCAGAGGAUCAGUGUAUUCAGAGAGGGGAACAAAUAUACCCUCACAGGUAGCCCUUCCAUCUUAAAUGACUACCAGGAAGAGGAAAGUCGUAUGGUAAGUCAUCAUCCCCCUAUUUUAGAUUUUGGGAAGAUUAUCAUCUAUACCAGCAAUCUGAAAAUCAUACGAACACCAAUGACCAAGAAAGAGUUGGUGAGAAAAAUCAUGCAGAAUGAAGGUAUUGAUGACUGCUCCUUCAUGUACCGUGAAGAAAGAAGAGGACACCAAAGUAAGGAACGUGAGGGGAACAUGAAGGAUAUUGAAAAUGAGCUUGCUCACAACCAGCAAGUGCCGGAAGGAGAGGAUGAGAACAGUUGCCCCCAGUGUAAGGGAUCCGGUUCUGCGCCCUGCUCUGUCUGCCAUGGAAGCAAGUUUUCAAUGUUGGCUAACAGAUUUAAAGAGUCCUACCGAGCUCUGCGAUGCCCUGCUUGCAAUGAAAACGGCCGGCAACCCUGCCAGACCUGUGUUCAGUGA